GUGUGUGUGUAGUGUGUGUGUGUGUGUGUGUGUGUGUGUGUGUGUGUGUGUGUGUGUGUGUGUGUGUGUGUGUGUGUGUCUGUGUGUGUGUGUGUGUGUGUGUGUGUGUGUGUGUGUGUGUGUGUGUGUGUGUGUGUGUGUGUGUGUGUGUGUGUGUGUCUGUGUGUGUGUGUGUGUGAGUGUGUGUUGUGUGUGUGUGUGUGUGUGUGUGUGUGUGUGUGUGUGUGUGUGUGUGAGAGGCAGCAUUGUGUUGGUCGGAGUCGGUGCAGUGAGGAAUAUCAAACAGGCUGUAGUCUGUCGUCGUGGUGUGACGCACUGCUGUUCAUCAAUAAACUAUUGUCUUUGUUUUCUGUCUCUCUGCAGUUCGGGACCUCCUAUUGGCCGCCAUCCUGUCUCUCUCCACCAGCCGGUUCACGGCCGCAGUACUCGGGGCUGUUACCCCUGUAUGCUAGCAGCUUUGAAUUGUGGAUCAGUGUAUUUGAACACCUGGAACGACGGCCGGACUGUUCCCGGGACUUUUAGGGGCUUCUAGUGCUUAAAUUCGGGGCUCCUGACUCGUAUAUUCCCUCUGUGCGGCUGCAGCACAAACAAAACAAAUUAUUUCAGCUGCUCUGAAAAUGUAGGUUAGCUUGAAAGAACUUGCAGUUAGCAGCUAACAGCUAGCCUAGCAACCCGAUUCAAACCAAACAACUUCAGAAAUUAAAUUCCGUUCGCAGACAGAUCGCAUGAAAAUGUAGUUUGGUUCUGACCGGAGCUACGGUGUUUGGCAGCUAACGGUUUGUUAGCCGCUAGUGGUUAGCGGUGAGCAGGUAGCGGUGGCGCGGGGCUAGGUUCAGGCGGAGCAGGGGUGUGAUGGAGUACCACUCCGGUGGCAGCCUGCCCCUGCUGGGGAGACCGCGGUACUGCCCUGGGGCCAACGCUAACGGAGGAUACCUGUGUGAGACUGGACACUGCUGCGGAGAGACCGGCUGCUGCACCUACUACUACGAACUCUGGUGGUUCUGGCUGCUGUGGACCGUCCUCAUCCUGUUCAGCUGCUGCUGUGCGUACCGACACCGCCGAGCCAAACUGAGAGUGCAGCAGCAGCAGAGACAGAGAGAGAUCAGCCUACUGGCCUACCACGGAGCCAACUCCUACCCCUCCUCCAUGCUGGACCUCAGUUUCUUGGCGUCUCUGAAGCUGCCAUCCUACGAGGAGGUGGCGGCUCAGCCCUCGACCCCUCCUCCUCCCUACAGCUCAGUGUUCACCACCCCACGCUACCCACAGCCCCCCCGCACCACCGACCCCCACCUGCUCACGCAGCACGGCCCGCUGCUGCACCAGCCGCUCAGUGACGGUCCGUCCUCCCUUAGCUCCGACAACAGCUCCAGUUGUUCCUGUGACUCCUGCUGCCCCUCCUCUCCGUGUAGCUCCUCCCUAUCUGCACCUGUCACAUAUGAGACUGACACAAGCCACGCCACCACGCCCAGCGAGGCCGCGCCCCUCACUCUCGAUGUCACCAUGGAGACCAUCUCUGCCGCGGCAACCUAUUUGGAGGUAAACGAGACACGAUUUGCUUCUGAGAGGAUGGUUGCCACGGUAGCCAUUGACAUCGGUGAUGAAGAUGCUGCUGGGCCGCAGGAACCCGUUGCCACGGACUUAUCGGUUCCCAACCAGAUUAUUUCGGUGGCAGUUGUUUCAAGGGCGGUCUCCCCUCAAACUUUGCCCUCUCCCGGUUCUGAUGUGGUUCUUCCUGUUGUAACUACAUCUCCCAUAAAGCAACAGCUCGACCUAGCACUCUGUACCCCAAAAAUCACUACCUGUAGCCCAAGUACAAGCCUUAGUCUAGGUGUUGACAGAACACCCCCCUCCAUCCGGAAAAUAAGCAUUGAGGGCCCAGCUGACAGCCUGGAACCUAACCCUGCCCUGAAAAUCACCCCAGUGUCGGGCCGUUCUACCCCAACCACCCCAGCCACCCAAACCCUGGAUCUAAUAAUAACUUUUGAUACAGCCAGUGUUCCUAGCCCAACAUCAGUACCGUCCCCAGAUGCUGGAAGAACUUUGGCCCUGAUGACAGGCUCUUCUACUCUCCAAACACCAGACCCAAAUUCUAGCCUUGUGCCAAUCCUGGCACCUUCAAACAUUACCCAACCUUCAAUCGUAGAACCUUCAAACUGUACCCAAACUUCAAUUUCAGUACCUUCAGACCUUACUCAAGCUCCAGUCCCAGAACCUUCAGACCUUACCCAAACUCCAGUCCCAGAACCUUCAGACCUUACCCAAUCUCCAGUCCCAGAACCUCCAGACCUUACCCAAUCUCCAGUCCCAGAACCUUCAGACCUUGCCAAAGCUCCAGUCCCAGAACCUUCAGACCUUACCCAAGCUCCAGUCCCAGAACCUUCAGACCUUACCCAAGCUUCCUUCCUGGUACCUUCAGACCUUAACCUAGUGCCAAAUCCUCAAUCUAAAAACACCAUUGUCCCAGACUGUGCACUUAACCCUAUUCUCACUCCAAAACCGGCACACCCAAACCUUACCUUAGCCACAGAUGCAGCACCCACUUCACCUACGUUAGCCCAUUGCCAGAUUCCAGAAAUGUCACCUGGCUCAGGUCUAGCCCUGGACCCUACCAGCCCAGGAUCAGCCUUGCCCCAACACCCAGGGGGUAUAUCUGUCCCUAUAUCUUGUCUAGAUCCAGCUGCAGUACCAGCCGAUUCAGGUCCUUCUCUGGUCCUGCCUCAGUCGUCAGAGUCGGACCUUUUCAGUCCCUUACCAUCCAAUGUCCAGGCUGCUUUCAGUUCUGGUCCUGAAUGUGGAUCAUGCUCUAGUGGCCCAGUCCUCAGCUUCCCAACACCUGCAGCCUCAUCGUCCUCUUCCUCCUGCCCAGCCAUAACCAUAGAGUCCGUAUCUUCUAUUGCUCUCUCCCAGUCUCCCCCUGCAGCCGUCUCCCCAUCCUCAACCACAUCCAUUCUUUCUCCUCGUUCCCUCACCUCCCCUCCAGCCCUGUCUUCUAUCUCCCUCCCAGCACCAGCUUUACUCCUCGACCCCCUCACUGCUCUGCACCAGUCUAACAAAGGUGGAUCUUCCUCUGGCCACGGUUCCUCCCUCUCCCCCUCGCCUCGUGCUACUCAGUCUCCUCCUAAGCAGACUCUCUUCUCCCCCUGUGUGGAUGUUUUUGAACCAGGACCUCCCAGCUGGGAGGAUGGAGAGGAGGAGCAGGAGGAGGAGGACCAUGAUGAUGAUGAAGAUGAGGAUAUGGGAGCUGAUGAGAGCCAGUAUAGACAUCGGCGACUUACUGGUGACUCUGGGAUUGAGGUGUGCAGGUGUCGGGUAGAGGAGGAGGAGGAGGAGGAUGAGGAAGAGGAAGAGGAAGAGGAGGGUGAAAGGAAGGAGGAAGGCAGAAGAGGAGGAGGAGGAGGGGAGAGGGAUAAAAAAGGAGGUGGAACCACUGAUCUUCAUGACAGCGUGGACUGCCCUGCCAGAGGUCAGAUAACCACGGGAGAAGGACUUAUACUUUGCAACGCCACCUCCACCACCACGCCAACGUCUGAGGACAGUGGCAAAGUCGUCAUCGUCAUGGAGACAGUGUGAUUGACAGAAGUGGGUGGAUCAAACCAUUCGUCCCCCAGACAAGGGGUAAACAGAAAGUUAAUGAUCCACCCUUAAAAUAGUUUUCUGAGAUUGUUCUUUAAGCAAGGAGGUUUAAAUCAUACGUCACAUUAAUAAAUGUGUUCAGUAUCUGUUAGUCAGACCAGCAUACAUGUUUAAUAGGAAGAGAUUCAACAGGAAGCAUUCGCUUAUUAAAACAUGGUUUCUUCAACUAUGAGUUGGAGUUUUAGUCAGCUGCGGUUCAGAAGGUUUAGUCUGGUGAGUACUGGUGUUCAUUUACUCAGAUUGCAGAACUGUUGUAAAAUUAGAUCAUCUGCUCCCCAUUGAGAUCCAAACAGAAGUUCAACAGUUUACACAAAAAAUAUUUAGCAAUCCACCACAUAAUCUCUACCAGUGGCUAUGAACGGAGAGCUAGCUGAAGCAGCUUGUUGUGAUGUGUCUGUAGAUCCAUCCAGUAACGUUCUCAGUCAGAGUGAACGCUGUAGCAAGCUAAAUGUGUUUGUAGAAGUUUAGGUGGCAUAGUUAACUUUCUUAGCUCAAAUUCUCCAAAAUACUGAGAAUCUUGUAUUAAUUUCCUCCCUUGUGAAACAAUUGCAAUGUUGUUUUAAUCUAAUGAAAGAUGCUAUUUAAGUUAAGUCAGGAAAUCUCUGCCUUUGUGGCUUCAGUUUUGACCAUGUUUAUUUAAAUCUGUCUCUUAAAGUCCUCUAACUUUAUGGAAGUGUAACUCACUGCAUUGUUUACAUCCAUAUUUACUAGCUAGUAAUAAUAUUCUUCUGUGUUGUUUCCUCAUGCGUUGCUGCGUUUCUUGCCACCAAUGGUUGAUCAAUUUGUCAGAGAUGUUAUAUAAUUUACAUACACAGACAGUUUGACUGCUGCUAUACCAUGCAAAUGCUAGCUUCCACUGGCUACUGUGUGUUGGCUCAUAUACCAACUAUAGUGGUGGUUAGAUGAACAGAUGCUAUGGCUAGCUCCCAAUCAGUCAAAGACACAAAUUGCCCAUUCGAUCAUUCACUGUUCAGUUCAGUUGACUGAUAUAAAUGCAGUUAGAUAUCCACAAACCAAAUGCAGUGUUCAUGUCACAGUUUUUGGACUUGUAGAUACCAUUCACAUCCAAAUCGUAAUUACAACAGAGAGACCAGUUCUGAAGUCUCUGCUGUCCCUACCCUUGCACUUAAUAAUGCAAGUAUUUUUUAAGUGCCAAAAUCAACUGAAACAUUGUUCUAGGUAAUUACACACAACUUUAACAAGUAUAAUGCUAGCCACAGUCCAUCCACACAGCCAAUCCUGCAUUUAUACAACCAUCUCGAGCAGCACAGCGAUGCUAACACUCACAAGUCGUAAACAAGGGACUCUUUCCCCUUUGCUACCUCCCACAUUAAACAUGGUCGACCAGAGGGUGAAUUAAGCCCCUGACAGAAAUGACAUUUUCUUUCUUUCUUGCGUUUGUCCGUCACCAACCAGAAAAUAAACUUUAAAUAGUCGAAUAUGUAGCAAAAGACACCUCGCUUGUCCUGGGUGAUGACGGAGAUUUGGAAACGUGUCGGGUACAAAUUGGCUGUUUUGGAAACGAAGAGCGACUAAUGUGGGAGGAUGAUUCACUCUGACUGACAGCGGGAAGACUGAUUCAUUCAUUACUGGAGACGUUUUGAUGAAGUCGUCUGUCAGGAGAGCGGAAUUAGGUGGGUAGUUUAUAAAAUGGGAGAGACAGUUUCUUAGAUUUGAUGUGUUCAUGGCAACUUGAUCCUGGAUGGAAGGGUUCGGGGAGGAUCAGUUGGCUUUCUGUGCGUCAGCCUUUCGGCAGAGAAGAGCUUUUGCAUAUAUGGGAAUAAACAAUGGGCACUUUUAGACAGAAACAAAGCACCAAACAGAACAGAGACGAGAGCACGUCAUCAUUCCUGUCUUUGUCUCUUUCUCUGAAUUUGAGGUCUGAUACAACAGUACGUCGAAUACGACACACAACCUAAAUUCAGUCCCAGUCUAAACUCAGAAAUAUUCACUUUCACACGCUGCAACUCAUCUGUUAUCAUUCACCCUCAAUUCACUAAAUUCACAAAACAAGUCAGGCUAUUUCAAUUACUUCUAUCCUGUUAAAGAAUUGGAGAACAAGUCCUUUAGGAUUUUUAUUUUAAGAUUGAUAGACGUGGCAAUAUUGAUAUUUUGUGACAGAAAAUAAAGGUAGAGUAUAUUUUGUCAGUGAAA